AUGAAGGCCGCCGAAGUACUGGGUCAGCCGACCCUCAACGAGGAUGGCGAUCUCGUGGAGGGAGCUGCCAACGAGGUCUACCCUUCCCCGGGCCGCAUCGACCCGGUCGCGGAGAAGAAGCUGGUAUGGAGGCAAGACCUCCGCAUCGUCCCCUUGUCGGCCGUCAUCUACUUCCUGUGCAACCUGGACCGGUCCAACAUUGGCAACGCAAAGAUCCUCAACUCGUCGACGCACCAUGACAUGAUGACCGAGACGCACAUGACCAACUACCAGUACACCAUCGCGCUCAUGAUCUUCCUGGUCGCCUACGGCCUCUUCGAGGUGCCGUCCAACAUCCUGCUCAAGAAGCUGAGGCCGUCGCGGUGGAUCGCCUUCCUCAUGUUCUCGUGGGGCGCCAUCUCGCUGUGCCUGGGCGCCGCCAACAACUACCCGACCAUCACGGGGCUGCGCUUCAUCCUGGGCGUCUUCGAGGCCGGCCUCUUCCCGGGCCUCGUCUACUACCUCACCUUCUGGUAUCGGACCCACGAGCGCAGCGUCCGCGUCGCCAUCAUCCUAGCCUCGGCGACCCUGGCCGGCGCCUUCGGCGGCGCCAUCGCCUACGGCGUGGGCCACAUGAACCAGGCCAAGGGCAUCUCGGGCUGGCGCUGGCUCUUCUUCAUCGAGGGCGCCCCCUCCUGCGUGGCCGCCUUCUUCGUGCUCUUCGCGCUGCCCGACUACCCGGAGCUCGCCUCGUGGCUGUCGCAGGAGGAGAAGGCCCUCGCCGCGCAGCGCCUGCACACCGAGGGCAGCAAGGGCCACCACUCCAUCACCUGGCAGGACGCCCGCACCACGCUGGCCGACUGGCGCCUGUACGGCCACUACCUCGUCUACUUUGGCAUCUCGACGCCCUUCAGCUCGCUCUCGCUCUUCACGCCGUCCCUGACCGCGGGGCUCGGCUACGUCGACCUCCGCGCGCAGCUCAUGACGGUCCCGCCGUACGCCGUCGCCUACGCCGUGUCCAUCCUGACGGCCUGGUCCGCGGACCGCACCAACGCGCGCGGCCUGCACGCGGCGCUGCUGGCGGCCGUGGGCGCCUGCGGGUUCGCGGCCUCGGCGUGCCUGCCGCCCGCGGCGUACGGCCGGCGGUACGGGUGCCUCGUCGUCGCGGCGGCGGGCGCCUUCUCGUGCAUCCCGCCGCUGCUGGGCUGGCUGUCGUCCAACAUCUUCAGCACGGGGUCCGUGGGGCUCGCCAUCGCGCUCAACGUCGGGCUCGGCGGCGCGCCGGGCCAGAUCGUCGGCGUGUGGAUCUACAGGCCCGACGAGGCGGCGCGGGGCUACCCGACGGGCCACUGGGUCAACGCGGCGCUGCUGUUCAUGGUCGCCGCCGGGGCCGUGCUGCUGAGGGUCUACUACGGCCGGCGGAACCGGGCGAUCCGCCUCGAGACGGGCGGGGGCGAGGGCGUGCGCAUGUUUACCUAUUAG